AUGUUGGCUGAAACCAAGACCACCAAGCAGCUCUACGCCAUCAAGGUUCUGAAGAAGGAAUUUAUUAUCGAGAACGAUGAAGUGGAGAGUACGCGGUCGGAGAAGAGAGUGUUCUUGAUUGCCAACAAGGAGAGGCAUCCCUUUUUGCUGAACCUCCACGCCUGUUUCCAAACUGAGACACGAGUCUACUUCGUCAUGGAGUAUAUCAGUGGUGGUGAUUUGAUGUUGCACAUUCAACGUGGGCAAUUCGGCACAAAACGCGCACAGUUCUAUGCGGCCGAAGUCUGCCUCGCCCUCAAGUACUUCCAUGAGAACGGUGUCAUUUACCGAGAUUUGAAACUCGACAAUAUCAUGUUGACUCUUGACGGACACAUCAAGGUUGCCGAUUAUGGUCUGUGUAAAGAGGAGAUGUGGUAUGGCUCAACCACCAGCACAUUCUGUGGUACUCCUGAGUUCAUGGCACCAGAAAUUCUCUUGGAUAAGAAGUACGGACGCGCAGUUGACUGGUGGGCAUUUGGUGUUCUUAUCUACCAGAUGCUUCUUCAGCAGUCGCCUUUCCGUGGUGAGGACGAAGACGAAAUCUACGACGCCAUUCUUGCCGACGAGCCGCUCUACCCCAUCCACAUGCCGCGUGACUCUGUAUCAAUUCUACAGAAGCUACUCACCCGUGAGCCUGAGAUGCGUCUAGGAUCUGGACCGACUGAUGCACAGGAGAUCAUGUCUCAUGCCUUCUUCAGGAACAUCAACUGGGACGACAUCUACCACAAGAGAAGCUCCAUCUUCUUCAACACCACGUAA